AUGUGUUCAUCAAAUGUAACUGUUCUGGAAGUUGUUGAAAGGAGGGACAGAAAUGGACGGCGAUCGGUGGAGUGCCUCGUUCAUUUCCAGGGCUGGAACUCCGGCUGGGACCGGUACGUCGUGGAGGACCAGAUCCUGGAGUACAGCGAGGCCAACCGCAAGCUGCAGCGCGCGCUGGCCGAGAAGUUCCUGCCGCCGGGCGUGAUAGACCGGCGUCGGUACAGCGCGGCCGACAGCCAGCGCUCCUCGAGCGUGGGCGCCGCCUCGACGGCCGCCAGCGAGCCGGACAGCGGCGACGAGCCAGAGCCGGAAGCGCCGCCCAGCGCCGUGCACAUCGAACUGCCGGCGCCGCUCCGCCGGCGUCUCGAUGACGACUACUACUACGUCAACAAGUACCACAAGCUGCUGCCGCUCCCCUGCCCGACGACAGUGGUGGCCGUUCUGGAGGCGUACGUGCACCACUGGCAGCAGACGGGCCGCCGCCACCCGCCGCACGCGGCUCGCUCCAAGGCCAAGGACACGUGGUGGGAGGCGGCCGUGUGCAGCGUGAACCUGUGCAAGGAGGCUGUGGACGGCCUGCGCAUCACGUUCGACCACGUGGUGGGCUCACAGCUGCUGUACGCCAGCGAGCGGGAGCAGCACGGCCGCUGGCUGGCGCCGGGGGGCGCGGCGCCGGAGGAGCGCGCCAGGCACGCCUCGGUCCGCUCGGACCGCACUGACGAGUCGGCGUCGCGCAUGACUCUGCGGUCGCGCCGCCACCCGCGCCACGACUCCGAGUCGGCGGACUGCGCCGCCAGCUCGGAUGACGAGCAGCCGGACUGUAAGCGCAGGCUUCUCAGCUCGGAGUCCAGCACUACGGACCGCGCCGCCUGGUCGCUGCUGCCACCUAGCGAGCUGAACCGGAACCCGCCGCUGCCGUGCUGCGUGUACGGCCCCACUCACCUGCUGCGGCUGCUCGCGCUGCUGCCCGAGAUCCUGCUGCACAUGCACAUGUCGGAGCGCAAGCUGAACCUGGUGGUGCACCACGUCACGCUGCUGCUGGCCUUCCUGCAGGAGAACGCCGAGCAGCUGUUCCCGAAGUCUCGGUAUCGGUAGCAGCGGCCGGCACGCGGCGCCACGUACCGUGGUAGGAGCCGGGGACGGCUGCCUCCCAUGUGGCGCCUCUGAGGCCAGUAGUAAUGGUGGACUUCGAGCCAGGGAGAAUGUGCGUCAUGUGCUGUCGUGCUAAGAAAUUAUUCGCGUGGUCCAUGCUCGUAGGCUUUUUCUCUCUGCGCGAUGUCCAACGACGCCAAGCGGACGGAGCGAGCAGUGUAGCACGCCGGGUCCGGAUGGCUGCCCUGGGUCACACAGGUGGCGCCAGUGCGCCUCCGUACAGGGACGCCACGUGUGGUUGUAUUGGUUCAGUGGGCGACCGAGGAGAGCCGACUCGUAUUAAGAGCACGCUCCGCAGGGGGUGCUCAGAUUCGGUUUGUCCGAGACAUAACGUGCAGCGGGCUUCUCAUACUGCGUCACUGUGACUACAAAAGUUGCACCCAAGCAACUUCCCAUAAAAACACGUUUGAACAUCUUUGAUGCAUGGACCGUUCUGUACGAGAGAACUGAGUGACGAGCAAUGGCAUGGCACUCAACGAUGUUGAGUUUUCAUGAAAUGGCUCACAAUUGAAUGUACAUACGUUUGUGCGGAUUGCACAGGACAGCGUAUGAAGCGUCCGUGGCCGAUUUGAUAGUCCCUUAAAACAGCUUGUGACGGCCAAGAAUGACUUACGUGAUGUUCGCGAAGCACAUAACUGUAUGAUCUAGAGCAAAUGAGCAGGGACCUGAUGAUGUAAAUGUUUGUGUUAUGUCAUAAUGUGAAAAGAACUUAGUCACAUGUUUUAAGUAGGAUUGUCGAAAAAGAAGUGUCGCGGAAAUUUCUUCGGACUUCAACAGUACCAUAACGUGCUGCUGAAGUAGCAGCCGGCUGUUCCACCCGUGCUUCCCGGAUGGCGCAUUCGCAAAUACAUGUUGCAAGAGUGUGA